AUGCCAAAGGUUCACCUACUGGAUACAGUAUCAGGAAACAUCCGUUCCCUCGUGAAUGCGAUUGAGAGAGUCGGCUUUGAGAUUGAAUGGAUUAAGUCACCAGAUGAUCUUGCGACCGCCGAACGCGUCAUCUUCCCAGGCGUCGGCCACUUCGGCCACUGCAUGCAAACCCUUUCCAAAGCCGGAUACAUUGAGCCCCUGAAGUCCUUCAUAAAUAGCGGCAAGCCCUUCAUGGGCAUCUGCGUAGGAUUGCAAGCGCUCUUCACCGCGUCCGAAGAAUCCCCUUCGACCCCCGGCCUCGGAAUAAUUCCGGGGACACUGAAGCUCUUCGACCUAACCACUAAGUCCGUUCCGCACAUUGGGUCAUUUUAUGGGCUGCGUCCACAUAGUAAGUACUACUAUGUCCAUUCCUACGCUGCGCCGGUGGACGAUGGUGUCAUGGCGGACGGGUGGGAAGUUGCAACAGGAGUAUAUGGCGAGGAAGAGUUUGUCGGAGCGAUCGGCAAGGGGAAUGUCUUUGCUACGCAGUUUCACCCGGAGAAGAGCGGGGCAGCGGGAUUGCGCGUUCUUAAAGCUUUCUUGAACGGCAUUUGCCUCUCACCCUUAUCUGGUGCUCGAGCAGCAGAGCCUGCCGAGGGGCCGAGGUUGGGAGGGCUAACAAGACGGAUAAUUGCCUGCCUUGACGUUCGUACGAACGAUCAGGGUGAUCUAGUUGUCACCAAGGGCGACCAAUACGAUGUCCGCGAGGAGUCCGCCGAGGGCACAAGUCGGGUGCGAAAUCUAGGGAAACCCGUUGAGCUUGCGAAACGCUACUUUGAAGACGGCGCCGAUGAGAUCACUUUCCUGAAUAUUACGAGUUUCCGGAAUUGCCCGUUGGCGGAUCUACCCAUGCUUGAAAUCCUCCGCGAGACGAGUAAAACCGUGUUCGUACCUUUGACCAUUGGUGGGGGGAUUAAGGACGUAAUUGACCCGGAUGGGACUGUCCAUCCUGCGCUCGAGGUGGCGACAUUAUACUUCAAGAGCGGCGCAGAUAAGGUCUCCAUAGGAACCGACGCCGUCACCGCCGCCGAAGAGUACUAUGCGUCCGGCGAGUCCCUCAGCGGUAAAACUGCCAUAGAAACAAUAUCAAAAGCCUACGGGAACCAAGCUGUUGUGGUCUCGGUAGAUCCAAAACGGGUAUACGUCGCUUCCCCAUCCGCCACCUCGCACACAACCAUCAAAACCGCUUACCCGGGUCCCCAGGGGGAGGGAUAUUGCUGGUACCAAUGCACCAUCAAGGGUGGCCGUGAGGGCCGCGACAUGGACGUCCAUCAGCUCGUGAAAGCGGUCGAGGCAAUGGGCGCAGGUGAGAUAUUGCUCAACUGCAUCGACAAGGACGGGUCGAAUUCUGGGUUCGAUCUCGAGUUGAUUGAUGCGGUUAAGAGCGCUAUUUGUAUUCCGGUCAUCGCGAGUAGUGGGGCUGGAGUGCCGGAGCAUUUUGUCGAGGUCUUUGAAAAAACGGGGAGUGAUGCUGCGUUAGGGGCGGGCAUGUUUCAUCGGAGGGAGUAUACGGUCCGACAGGUGAAGAAGUAUCUAGCUGAGAAGGAGCUAUUGGUUAGGGAUGUGGAGGAGGGGGAGGAUGUCUAG